UGUCGUAGGUCAAGUACUACUGUAAUCGUAGAUUUGACAUGGAUCUGACGCUCGACGCCGUGGCUAAGGACGCCUUCCGCCGCGAUUUCUUCCUGCGAUGCUUUACGGAGCGAGAGGCGCAGGCGCUGGAGCUGCGCUUCGCCUUCCUGCACCGCGUCCGCCAGUACAAGCGGCUCGUGGGGCGGCGCGAUCUUCUCCCUCGUGCCGUAAGUAGCCAAAUAGCACUUUAUGAAUACUAUACUACUCGAAAAGUUUAAUACUUCAGGUGUUCCCCUGUAUUACUUCUAAACGUACCAGGCCAAGGAAAUCGUGGCCUCAUACUUGCAGCAAGUGGAGUCAACCAACCAAUUGCUGCUUCCUCCGUCGGCUGAACCUCUUCGAAGUCGUGUACUCAAUGCAGUGGCUGCAGGUUACUGUCCAUUAGAUCUUUUCAACGGGUUGGAGACGCUCGUGCGGGACCACAUGACUCGUGACGCUUUUCCACAGUUCCUUCGCAGCAGGGAGUACACAGAACUGUGUGACGAGCUGAGAUCGAGACGAGAACUUCCACUUGCUGAGGUGCUGGUGGACUCAAGACGCACUCAAUUCCUUAUGAAAUUCUUAACCAAGAAUUUCCCGGGAGACGAAGGAAACAUAUACUUCUGGGUGCACGUACAGACGAGAUUUCUACCGUUGAUCCAGACGACACUAUUUUCUGUAGCUCUCUUUGAAGAAGUGCAGCGUCACGUGCGUCAUGUAUUCAACCGGUACUUAGUAGGGGAGACGGAUACAGGAGAAGGGGCUGGAAGUGCAGCCACUAGAGUCCCAGAAACUGUACGACGAGCCACGCUGCAACAGAUCAUGAAGCUGCAAAGUGAGCCAUUUUCUCCACCUCGUUAUGCGAAUUUAUUUCGUACUGCACAGGACUGUGUCUGGGAAUGGCUACAGACUGAGGUUUACCCGAAGUUCCGAGCCUCUAGUUUGUAUGUGAUGCUGGUUGUGGAAACGGAGGAUCUGGAGACUGAUCAACAGCUACGGCGGCUUAGUGAACAUGUGCAAGCGACUGCGAAGAAAAGUGCUACAGUACGACAAGAAAGACAGAGUGAAACGAUACUCAGGGUAUCGUCGAGGAAGAGUGAGGUGCAACUCAAAGCCAACGCCGUGCUCGUUCCUAUCAAGCAGCCAUCGACGCAGAAUCUGUGGGGACAGGGAGCAGAAAGUAAUCGUCACAGUUUCGACCGUGUGCUGACGGUACCACAGCUAGCACAAAACGGAAUCCAUAGUGUUUCUGUUGUCUCGAUGGGGUCCAGUGAAAUUGUUUUCGAGCUGUUUUGUACCGGGGAUCAGUAUGAAGCAGCUGCAGAGACACAUCCGACGCACCUGCAUUUCUGGCGGAAGAAUACCGUGAUAACACCAAAUGGGAAUGCUCUGUCUCCGUCUGGGCGUCCUCUUUCGCCAACUGUCCCGAAGCCUUCAUUCCAUUUCUUUGUUCUGCCGAAGGAUGAUAUUCGUGAUUGCAGCGAAGUGGUCACUACUCGGUAUUUGUUCGGAGUCUGUCUUACGUUGUGGAGACAGAAGUCAGUACCUGAGAAGCCACACACUUCAACUGUUGAUGAUGGCACCACCAGUCCGACAAAUGCCAUCUCAAAAGGGCCUUGUACCGCUGCUCAAUCUUACCCGCAAUUCUUUACUGUUUUGACUACUGAGCCAAUGCAGAAGAGCAGUCGCAGACUGCUAUUCCAGUUAGCAUCGAUUGGCCUGAAAGACUUAACAGUUGAUACCGUGUCCCGGGUAGUGACUUCAAGUUUUGAGUCAUCAAGCAACACUCCGCAACUUUUGAGUGCAAGAUUCGGUGGUUUUAGCUUGCAGUCAAAUCUACGCCAGGUCGACAUACCCUUGAGUUCUGUCUUCAAGGAAAUCUCUUCGCAGACUUUUAUCAGUAUUCUAGCUUCUAUUCUUGUUGGCAAAUCCAUUAUUCUUGUGUCAGAACGCUCUACAGCUCUCGUAUCGGUCGCAGAAGCUGCUAGAGAACUACUCAAACCAUUUGAAUGGACGCAUUUCUACUUACCAUUUUGUCCGGUAGCAACAUCCUCCGAGUUGCGUGACAAUGGUCUUUUCUCCGAAGUCAACACGUCUCCAUUUUUUCUUGGAUGUGAAGGCGUGCUCUCUUACCAGAAGAAGGAUUCUGCCACGGAUCAGCGGUUCCGGAUCCGGAACAGCUUGUAUACCACCCACAAGGUCUCUCUCCAUCUCCAAGCUCCAUCUACUGCAGAACCAAAUGAAUAUCCGCCAGAGCUUCUGCAGACAGCAGCAAUCGUCAUUGACAUCGACUCGGAUGAUAUUUACGUUCCCGAAAAAGUGGAAAUUCCUGAACUCCCACAAUCGAUUCUUCGAUCGCUAGAAAACAUGCUAAGCACAGCGCUUCACAGCUUUCGAAUCACUCACGCAGAUUCGCAUCUCUUCGGCUCAAGUAAAACUCCCAGCUUUAUUGAAGAAAUGCUUGAUCAGUCCAAGAAGUCCAGUCAGUCUGACGACCCAAGUGCACCAACCCAAUUCGAAUCGAUCGAACUCUCUCUGGACGAUAGAGCGCGACUCGCGCUGUUGUGGUUCCUAGAGGCUCUAUUCGGCGACGUCGUGUACUACUUCUGCUCGCUCCACCAGAAUUUCACAGUGGAAACUCAAUCACCUUCAGCCGAUAUCGAUGAAUUCCUCCUGUUUGAAGUUGAUUCAUUUCUGGACGCCCACAUCGAGCUCGGAUGCCGCGAUUUCUUCCGCCAGUGCUUCCACACCGAGCUCUUCCGGAACUUCAUACUUGCCCAACACAUGCAAUUUGCGUUUACAAAUGCCGGUGUAGCUCUUGAAUCGAGCGAAUCGUCGCUGGAACACGAAACACUGCGAGAGGCUUUGCCGGACGCGUUUAUCUAAGCCGACCGUAAUAUACAGCGUCGUAUGCUACUGUGGU